CACAAAAAAAUUUAGCUUAGUGUUAUUCAAUUUAGUUAUUUUUCUUUUCUUAAUUUUGCAUUAAUUUAUUUAUGUAAUUUUAAAAUCGACAUAUUUGCAAACAAAUGAAAAGAAAAUAAAUAAUAUUGUUGGGCUAAAAAGUUAACUUAUAGUGACUAGAGAGAGGGUGGGUGAGUGUGUGUUAUGGCUAAUAGAGAUUUGGAAGUGCUCGAGUUAAAGCCACCAACCGUAAAUUCCUGUACAAUAAACAAUUCAAAUAAUGAAAUUACACGUUUAAGUAUAACAGAAUUAUCUUACAAUGAUUUCUAUUGGCAAUAUAUGGAAAGAAAUUAUCCGGUAAUAUUAAAAGAUGUAUCGACACAAUGGGAAUGCCGGCUUAAUUGGCUUAAAGCCCAAACACAAGACUUAACACUAACUGAAAAAAACGAUAAUAAAUUCGAAAAGCCUAAAGUAAAUAGCAAUAUCAUUAAUUAUGACUACCUCAGGGAAAAAAUAGGCAAUUGUCAAGUACCCGUGGCUAAUUGCAAUAGGGAAUAUUUUAAUAGCCAUGCCAAGUGUGAAAUGUUAUUUUAUGAUUUUCUACGCUACUGGCAGGAAAAGCAAAAGGAUUUGUUGGCAACAACAACAACGACAAAUUUAAGUAACAAUGAUAAUAAAACUACAACCACCGGAGAUUUACUCUACCUCAAGGAUUGGCAUUUGAAGGCGCAAAAUGCCGCCUAUGAUUUUUAUAAAGUUCCUAAAUAUUUUGCCUCCGAUUGGUUAAAUGAACAUUUGAUAGCGACAAAAAGUGAUGAUUAUCGUUUUGUUUAUAUGGGACCAAAGGAUACCUGGACCCCCUUUCAUUCGGAUGUUUUUGGCUCAUUUAGCUGGUCUACUAAUAUUAUGGGCAUUAAGAAAUGGCUUCUCCUGCCGCCCGGAGAAGAAUUAAAACUCAGUGAUCAUUUGGGCAAUUUACCAUUUUGCAUUAACGAAGAAAUGUUAGAAAAGAAAUAUGUCAAAUAUUUCAUCAUUAUGCAAAUGGAAAACGAAUCUAUAUUUGUACCUAGUGGCUGGCAUCAUCAAGUAUGGAAUAUAACUGAUACCAUAUCCGUAAAUCAUAAUUGGUUUAAUGCCUGUAAUCUUCAGCGUAUUUGGUACAACCUCAACAAUCAAAUGGAAAAAGUUGUUAAGGAAAUUGACGAUUGUCGACAAAUGGACAAUUUUGUUGAACAUUGUCAAACAAUGCUACGUGCUAGUUUUGGUCUUAACUACCUCGAUUUUUUACAACUAUUGGAAUGUAUAGCGAACAGACGUUUAAGACAAUUCAAUAACAAUACUACCACCACAAAUGUAUCAACAAAUUCAGCAAUUAUACCACCGCCAUCACAUGGAAUGUGUUCAUUCGAUAUCGAUUUAACAGCAUCUACCCCUCUGAUAUUUUUUGAUCAAUUUAUACCCAACGAUUAUCAUGUCCGUCAUGAUCUAGAGCGUAUUUUACAAGUGGUUGAAUUAAUGUUACAGGAUUCAAUUAUAUGUGAAAAUCGUACUGUUUUAUAUCGUAAAUGUAUACAUUUAAGAGAAUUAUUAUCAACAACGGCAUUAUCAUUAAGUCUGAAUGAAAAAAUAUCAACUUCAUCAUAGGGAAUGCUUAGUAUUAAACUGAUUUUAUAUUUUAGUUUUUAAUAAUUAACUCUUUGCUAAAAGUUUAAUGAAAUAGUUUGUAUGUGUAAACUAUAAAAAUCAUUUCUAUAACGCAUUUAAUUACUGGUGUUAUAGCAAAUCAGUGUUAAAGUCAAAAUUUUAAUAUAAUUUGUUGUUAUUUUGAUUAAUUUUGACAUAAAUGUGCAAAUGUUAGAAGUACUGCAAAGACCGCCUAUUUUAUUAUAUUUUUAGCUUUGGGUUAAAAAUAAUAUAUUAAUAAAAAUUAAAAUAUUUUUAUACCUACCAACGAAAUGUUUUUGUUCUAUUCUG